CCCGUUCUGGAUUCACAUCCAUGGCGCUAGAGUGGGUGGUGCUCGGCUACGCCACGGCGGCGGAGGCGAUAAUGCUCCUCUUCAUCACCCUCCCCGGCAUCGGUCGCCUUCGCAAGGGCCUCAUUGCCGUCGUCCGCUCCGUCCUCAAGCCACUCCUCUCCAUCGUCCCCUUCUGCCUCUUUCUCCUCAUGGACGUUUACUGGAAGUACGAGACUCGGCCGACGUGCGACCAGGAGCAUGCCUGCACCCCAUCCGAGCAUCUCCGCCACCAGAAAUCCACCCUCAAGAGCCAGCGCAAUGGCAUCCUACUCGCCUCCGCCCUCGUCCUCUACUGGCUCCUCUUCGCUGUCACGAAUCUCGCUUGCAAGAUCGAUCAGCUUGAGCAGCAUGUCGAGAACCUCAAGCGUCAGGAUUGAUCGCUUGAUCCGAUCUCCUUCUUUCAGGCUCGUCUCCUUCCCUUUUGUCGUUGAUGCUUCCGCGAUCUCUACGAUUUGCGUUUUUUUGGAUUUAUUUGUCUCGAUUUGAGCAAAAUUUUUUUAUUAUUUGUAGCUUUAGUUGAGAUUUGCAUCUCUUGUAGUGCUUGUUCGUGGAUCUUCUGCAUGUUCUGCAACUCUUUCUAAUUUUUUAAUAAUCGAAUUAAUCAAUUGAAUGUUAA